AGGUGAGCAGCGAUUGUUCAUCUUAGGUUAUUAUCCCUCUCUGAACGUGCCACGAACGUGGCUUGAGAAUAGCUUACGCUGUGGACAAACACGGGUGGAAAUUCCACGCAGGAGAGGAGUCUGUCCAUAGAACAACCAUAUGCUGACUUCCCCACGAAGUUGUACCAAUUUUAGCGGCCCAGGAUGGACGGAUGGAUGAUGGGCUGAGUCAACCCCCAAGCCAAUCAGAUUAUGAACUCGCUGUCCCUGUGGUUGGAGUCGUCAAUCACCUCAAGAGAGAGGGAGAGAGACAGAUCUGUUGAGCAGGACUGGCCGACUUCCAGGUCUGCAAUAAACGCAUCUUGAGUUUGUCUUCGGCUGUAAGCGCGUCACCUGAUUGUCUCCUGACGACAGCUCCCCCGUGUCCGUGUGCAGGCCGCGUGACGGGCAUCCCCGGCUCGAUCCAGGGAGGGUGGGGGGACGUGGGGUGGCGACGGUGGUGGUAACCGUGGUGGAGCUGGAGGAGGAGGUGCUGGUGGAGGAGGAGGUGGUGGAGGAGGAGGUGGUGGACGAGCAAAUCGGAGGCCUCGAUGGAUCUGCUCGGAGUGGCCCCGUGACGGACGCCGCUCGCCAUGGACAUUGUCGACGAGAAUGAGGCUCUCAGUCGCUUCUUCGAGAGGACGGGAGCCGGACCAGAAACGGGACAAGACCUGGACAUCUCCAACAUAGACACCUCCAUUCUCGAGCAGUACAUCAACGAAAACGAAGACCUCGGCGUGGCGGAGCUGCCGGCCGGCGCGUCGCACGCCCCCUGCCCGACCCCGGGCCACGCCGGCCACGCCGGCCACGCUGGCGGUGCCGGUGCCGCCACCGCCCCGGCCGGGGCCGCCCCACGCCACGGGGCCCUCGCCGCGGGGGCCUCGCCUCCGGCCGACGGGCUCGCGGCCCGCGGCCUGUGCGGACCUCUCGCUCCGCAGCUGCAGCAGCUGCAGCAGCAGCAGGAGCAGCAGCAGCAGCAGCAGCCUCCGCUACGGCUACUGCCGCCCGGCACCAACAGCAGCCUCCUGGGCCACGGGGAGCUGCGCCGGUUGCACAGCGCCCCCGCCCAGCGCACCGCGCCGUACCGGCCCGGGAAUCUCCCGGAGUCGCCGCCGGACUCCAGCUCGGAGGCCUUCUCUCCGCAGCAGAUGGACGAAACGCGACUCCAGCACCUGACGCCGGACAGCUUCUGCCAAAUGUCGAGCCCCCUGGCUCACCCCCACGUGCACCUGCAGCAGGGAACGCACCCACACGCACACGUCCACGCGCACCUGCGCCAGCAGCAGCAUCAGCAGCAGCAGCAUCUCCAUCAUCAGCCUCAGCCACCGCAGCAACCGCAGCAGCAGCCUCAGCAGCAGCCGCAGCAGCAGCCGCAGCAGCAGCCGCAGCAGCAGCAACCGCAAUACUCCCUCCCGCCCCAAGUCCACAUCUCACCGCACACACAGAUCACGCACCACCCUCACCACAUGAUGCCGCAUCGGACCGCCGCGCCGGCCAUGGCGAUGUCUCUCAACGUGCAGCAGCAGCAGUCGCACGCGGCAAGCCCGGCCGCUUACUACGGCCGGGAGGCGCCAUACGGGCCUCCGGCUUACCCGCCGGCGUCUCAGGGGCCCGGGUGCAACCCUGCACUGGACGUCAACCAUCAGCAGCAGCAGCAGCAGCAGUCGCAUGUCCUGCAGCAGCUGUUGCAGCCGAAUGCUGAUCCGAUGGUCCACCAGGCGAAGAAGAGGAAGUACUCGGACUCUCCCACGAGCACGCUCACGGGGCACAUGCUGAGCAGCCCCAACCCCAUAAAGCAGGAGCCAGGGAUGAUCGGCGACUGCGGCAGCGACGUCUACAGCUACGACUGCGACAGCCUCAACGGCUCCUACCUGGACCCCAGCUACCAGUGCCUCAAGUGGCAGCCAUUCCAGCAGAACAAGUGGUGCUCGCUGCUCGACGGCUCCUGCAAGGAGCUGCUGAUGCCCACGUACCGCGUGGACGCCGACAAGGGCUUCAACUUCUCGGUGCCGGACGACGCGUUCGUGUGCCAGAAGAAGAACCACUUCCAGGUGACGGUGCACGUGGGCAUGCUGGGGCUGCCGCGCUUCGUCAAAGCGCCCGACGGCACCAAGCCCGUCGACUGCUUCUACAUCAAGCUCUACGGGGUCAAGAUGGAGGCCACCAACCAGAGCAUCAACAUCGAGCAGUCACAGUCCGAUCGCAGUAAACGGCCCUUCCACCCAGUCCGGGUGGACCUCCCGGCGGAGCAGAUGACGAAGGUGACGGUGGGGAGGCUCCACUUCAGCGAGACGACGUCCAACAACAUGCGGAAGAAGGGCAAGCCCAACCCGGACCAGCGCUACUUCCUGUUGGUGGUGGCGCUGCAUGCUCACUCGCAGGGACAGGGCCACAUGCUCGCCGCACAGGCCUCCGAGAGGAUCAUCGUGCGGGCGUCGAACCCGGGCCAGUUCGAGAACGACUCGGAGGUGCUGUGGCAGCGCGGUCCGCAGGGCGACACGGUGUUCCACCACGGCCGCGUGGGCGUGAAUACGGAGCGGCCUGACGAGGCCCUCACCGUGCACGGCAACAUCAAGGUGGCCGGCUCCAUCCUGCAGCCGUCGGACGCACGCGCCAAGGAGCACAUCCGCGACGUGGAUACCACGGAGCAGCUCAAGCGGAUAUCGCGGAUGCGUCUCGUCCACUUCCAGUACAAGCCCCAGUUUGCGGAGACGGUCGGCGUGGAGGUGUCACCGCAGACCGGCGUGAUCGCCCAGGAGAUUCAAAGAAUCAUCCCGGAAGCCGUGAAGGAGACCGGAGACAUGGUCUGCAACAAUGGAGAGAGGAUUGAAAACCUCUUGGUGGUCAACCAGGACCGGCUGUUCAUGGAGAACGUGGGAGCCGUGAAGGAGCUGUGCAAGCUCACGGACAACCUGGAGACGCGCAUCGACGAGCUGGAGCGCUGGAGCAAGAAGCUGCACCUGAAGCGGCUCGACAGCAUCAAGUCCAGUGUGAGCGCAGGAACCGUGAGUCAAGGGGGCAGUCAGUUUAGCCGGGCUGGCAGCAACUUCAGCCGAGGGGGCAGCAGCAGCAGCAAAGGCGGCCAUCGAAAACACGGCUCGCUGCCCCACAAGCCUUCAAGCAAGGCCAGUGCCAAGGCUCAGGCUACCCAGCCUCACCCGGGCUGUCUGGGUCAGAGGUUCCUCCAGGGGACGAUCAUCGCGCUCGUGGUCAUCAUGGCAUUCAGUGUGGUGUCCAUGUCGACGCUGUACAUCAUGAGCCUCAAGAGCGGGGGCAACUCGUCUGAAAAAGAAAUCGCCGAUAGCAUUGUGUCGAGCACUUCCAAAUACUGGACGGGCUCACAGCCGGCGACACAACCGCCGGGUAAUUACACCACGCUGCCAAGUCGCGAGCUCCCGUGCAUCGACCUGUGCUUCAACCCCCCCUGCCGGCCAAUGUGCUGCCCGCCACCGACCGCUGCCCCAUCCACGGCCGAUCUCUCAGGCCACAAUCUCACCUCCACCGCCGCGUCCUCCUCCUCCUCCUCGUCGUCGUCGUCCUCAUCAUCCCAAGCCUCCUUGCCCAAGCUCUCCGGUGGCCCGCGCUCCCGCCCGGGCGUUCGGCCCAAGUCGAUGCCGUCUCCCGACGGACCCAACGGUGCCAACGACGCCCUGCCGGCCCGCGCCACCAAAGCGCUCGUCCCUCCGUUCGCACGCCGGCAUGGAGCCGUCGCCCGCGGCGGAGGCGGAGGCUCAACCACGCACGGGAAAGGGCCACCGCUGGGUGGAGGCCUCCUCGACUCGACGGUCGGAGCGGAGAGGCGGCGGUCGCCCGUCCCAAGUCCCGCUCCUGGGUCAACGGUCGACGGCGGAGGCGGGACAAGCGCUCCGGCCAAUCAGACGGCACCGCGGGGUGGGGGCGGAGCCGGGGGGCGGCGGAGGAGGAGGAGCAAGAGGAGGAGGAGGAACGUGGGGGGUGUCGACUGGACUGACACCAGAGCCCGGAGUAUUCAGAUCCUGGAGAGUCAGCUGACUAUCGACACCGACUACUGUGUCGCUGGGGCACCGUGCGGGAAGGGCAACUACACCAUGGUGAUUCCCAUCAGUGGCGAAACCCCGCCCGACCAGCUCAUCAGACUGGAGCUCAACACGUCGGAGCCGCUGCUGAUGUACAUGUGUGACGCGGAGCAGACCGCGCCCUGCCUCGCCAACGUGCCUCAGCCUGAGCUGCUGCGAAGCACGCAGGGCUACCAGCACACCUGGGACCUGCUCGUAGCGCCCUUCUACCGGAGCACUUACCACUUCAGGAUCGUCGUGGUGGGCCUGGCAGACUGCGACACGAGCGGGGGGCAGGCCGAGGCAACCUUCACCGACUACCACUUCGUCUUCCAGCGCAUCUGCACCUGAGCUGCGGGAGGGACGGAGAAACGAAAGCCCAACCGCAGCGCCACGGAACACCAGCUGGGCCCACCAGCUCUCACGGCGGUCUCUCCUCAUGCCUCUCGCCUUGUCCCUUUGUCUCUGUCCGUCCGUCUCUGUCCUUCUGUCUCUGUCCGUGCCCACUAACUACUAGGGCCACAGACACGCUGCAGAUGUUGGGGGUGUGUGCCCCCCACCCCACCCCACCACCGCCUCUGCUCAGCGCUCUUCCCGGUCAUUGUUGGGUUCCUGGGUAGAUGGCCGACACGCCAAGAGCGCCAAUGCCAGCCGGUCUCAGCGAGGGGGCGAACGGUGAGGCCGCUUCGUCUCACCGGUCUCUACUGCGGUGGCAGUGGUGGUAGCGGUGG